AUGCCACAACCUUUCAUGUUUUACGAUGGUUAUAUCCUUAAAGUAAGUUUGCCUCUCGCGAUUGUCUUCAUCGUUUUCAGCCUAUACACUGUCAUCGGAAACUCGUUAGUUUGCAUCGUUUACUUCAGAGAUCCAUUUAAAAAUCUUCGCAAUCUAUCUUUCUUCUACGUCGUGAAUCUCGCAUUGGCUGAUAUUCUUGUUGGAAUGAUCGUAGAGCCACUGAAUGUAUCCGCUUACUGGACAAACAGCAAACACGCACUGUUCGCAUUUUACGUAUUAGCUGUACUGUCAUGCGUCAGCUCAAUAUUAAACAUCUCUGCCAUGAUGUUCGAUAGAUACAUAGCUGUGAAAACAGCGUUCCGCUACCGUGUUUUAGUGACGGUGAGGCGCGUUCGUUUUUCCGUGCUUUUCAUCUGGCUUUACGCUUUCCACUUUUCGCUUCUACCGAUUGUGGGUUGGCGUGACGCAAACUUUCAAAUUUAUUUGUACGCUUUCGGUGUUCUGCUGCCCUCUGGUGUUAUGCUGCUGUCGUACUACGGAUUGAUAAGAAUUUUAAAGAAAAAAGGAUCCGGUUUAAAUGAUGGCCGUGCUCCGUCAACUAUCCAAAUGAAAAGAAUGGUGCAAAAAGAACGAAGAAUUUCUACUACAGUGCUUAUUAUGCUAGCUGUCUUCCUGCUUGCUUGGUUUCCAUUUGUGGUAAUAGACUUUGUUCUUGUAUUUUGCCCGAGAUGCCGAUCACAGCGCCUUCUCUUGGCCCGGGACAUUACUUUAUCCUUGGGAUUUUUUUCCUCGGGAAUUAAUCCUUUGUUAUAUGCGUGGCGGGUGCGCCGAUUUAAGCAAGGGCUUUUAAGGAUUGUGAAGGUGGAAAUGAAGUCCAAAAUUCAUGGGACGCCAAAAAAACGUUCAAAGGUAGAACCUAUUGACUCUAAAUUCUCACCCGUACCUUUGGAACUGGAAGUGUUACCACCUUAUGUCUUGGAAAAAGACAUCGUUCAAAGUGUCGUGGACAACUGGGAAUCUAAAAAGGAGACAAAAGCGUUCACUAAGAGUGAAACAGACUCAGAAACAUACGCACCAAGCUAG